AUGAUUGAUCAUCCACUUUUUAAGGACCGAAUCAAGAAGAUAUCAGAACAUUUUGUAUUUUCCAAGUUUCCAUUGCAAGGUGAAUUCUUAAUACAUGCCUACGAAUUGUUAGAGAAACCUGAAAAUAUAACAAAAGCAAAGUUGAAUCAAGCAUAUAUCUUGGCAUGUGCUUCAGAAAUGUAUCAAACUUACAUCUCGAUGCAGGAUGAUGUGUACGAUAUGAGUAAAACACGCUCAGGAAAACCUUGUUGGCAUUUGAUACCUGAUGCGAGUGCUUUAGCUAUGAACGACACGAUGUUUCUACGAAGUUUUAUAAUCGAAGUAUUGAGACAAACAAUUGACGAAUCAAUGUAUACCCAAGUCAUAAAUGUUUUUAAUGAGAUGUACUUUGUAACGGAGAUGGGGCAAUUUCUAGAUGUAUAUUUUGCCCAAACGAAAAACUAUAACGAUUUCACGAUGGAAAAUUAUGAUAAGAUGAGUUACAUGAAAGUUUCAUAUUUUUUCAUGAACACACCGAUUCUAUUUGCAUUAAUUUUAUGUAAUAAGGCGAGCGAAGAAUAUUAUAAGCUUGUGCUUGAUUUGUGCAAUGAUCUUGGCGUUUUCAUCCAGAUUCAUAAUGAUUUUACGGAGUGUUUCGACGUCGGCGAGUCAUUGAGUAGAAAAACCACUAACGACAUUGAAAAUAAUAAACUAACGUGGACGGCUGUAGUCGCAUUACAGCACUUCAAUACCGAGCAAAGAAAUAUUUUCAACGAAUGUUAUGGAAACUCAAAUCCAGAAAAAAUUAAGCAAAUUAUACAACUGUACGAAGAAGUAAAUUUGCGCCAGCUGUUUAAAGAAGAAGAGAAUGCUCGUUAUAACAAUUUUCUACAAAAAGUUCAAAAUUUACCGGCAAAUGCUACACCCCCUCCGGAUUAUUUUAUGAAGAUUUUUAACUACUUUAAAAGUUACGCCAGUGAUUCGUCUAGAUUUUACUUCUCUUAA